GCCACCGUGGCUCCAGUUUCUCGUCAGCAGGCUUUCCAUAUAACGAAUCGAAGCUUUGAUGAUCAGCUCCUGAAAUGGCCUCCGUGUGGCGUGCGCUCCUCGCCGCGGCCGCAAGCCUCUCCCUCGCCGGCGCUUCCGAGUCGGCAAAGCUGCUGCUGUUCUGGCCCGUGGACAACUCCAAGCGGACGGUGACCCAAGUCAAGAAGAACCUGGAGCACGUCAAGAAGUCCUUGGGAGCCAAGUGCUGCGACGUCUUCUUGGCGCACUACAGAGGCGCUGGCUUGGAGCUCUGGGGCCACGAGUGGUACCGGGCCAACGUGGUGGGGAACUUCAGCGGCCGAGGAUACAAGUUCAAGUUCAUGAAGGACGCCUAUGCCAAGGCCCUGGCCGCCGAGGAGAGUUGGGAGUCGAAGUACGAGUUUGUUUGGGGGCUGGACAGCGAUAUCGACAUUACAGGCACCAACCUCACCAAGAUGUUCAGCAUGGCGCGCAUGUCCAACGCCCUCAUCGUGGGCCCCACCUUUGUCGGGCGAGGUGUGAACUGGGUGCGCCCGCACUUGGGGAAGCACGGCAAGCACCCUGCGAAGGCGAAGCCGAAAGCCAAGCCGCAUCACCAGGAGCGGGCUCACAAUCACCCUGUGAGGAGCUCGCUGACGCAAGAGGAGGCGGCGGGCCUGGAGCUGGGGAAGACCGGCGAGCGAUCGGAGAGCGCCAUUUGGAUCUUUGAGAGGCCCAGCUCCUCUUGUGACUACCGGCACACGGACUUCGUGGAGCUCACCGCGCCGCUGCUGACGCGCACCGCGCUGCCGGUGGUCUUCAACGACUGUACGGAUUGCAUUCACAACACAUCCGACUGGGGCUUGGACAUGGUCUGGUGCAAGUUCUUGGCCGCGGAAGUGAAGCACACCAGCAGCUGUGCUUUGAUCGACGCGGCGCCGGUAAACCAUCUCAACUGGCGACAGGCCAAAGUCUCCAAGGAGUUCCUCGCUGCAAACCGGGACGUCUUCCACAAGUACCGGCGGUUCUGGAGCGGCCUGAAGACGCUGAAUUGCAUCGUGGUGGAGCCAGCUGUAAGGGUCAGCAACCUCCAGGAGCUGGAGCUGCCCGGCCACCGGCGGCUCAUUCGCAAGGGCUCGAAGAAGGCGUCCCUGGCUGUGGCGGUGGGCGCAAAGACGAUCGAGAUGACGACGUGAAUGCACGCUGGGAGAUUUGGCCAACCACCUGGGAGAUUCUUUCUACACGUGCUAGU